AUGCCUUUUUGGAAUAUCUACCACCCAAAAGGUGUAUUUGACGAUGAAAAGUCCAAAAAGUCAUUAUCACAGGACAUCACCAAACUCUACACUAAUAUCGGUCUACCCGCUUUCUACGUCGUUAUCGUUUUCACAGAGUUCCCCGGUGAAAACAUGUAUGUUGGCGGGGAGCAGACGACCACACCUUUCAUUCGGAUGGUAGUGGACCAUAUCGCGGUUCACAUGGACGACCCAAAUCAGUAUGCGAAUUGGACUUCGAAAGUUGAUAACGCGCUUAAACCUCACCUUGGGGAUAAAGGAUACAACUGGGAAUAUCACUUUUACGAGACGGAGCGUCGGCUCUGGAAGGUUAAUGGGAUGUAUGCACCGCCGUUUGGUAGCCAGGAGGAGAAGAAGUGGGUUGCUGAGAAUAAGCCGCUGCACUGGGAGGAAACGGAAUGA